AUGGCUUCCCUACCCGACGUCAAUAGUCUCAACUCCCUCCCCGUGGAGCAACAGACCAAGAUCUUGGAUGCACUCUUCGAACCGAGCCCCGCGAUCCACGCGAUUCUCCUCCCGUUCAUUUCUGCAACACAAUUCCAGUCUUACGACGAAUUUAUCAAUCAAGCUCAAAAGAUCUUUGAGGCUUUAAUGACCGACCCUACGCAAAAAGCACAGCUGCACUCAAUCAUCGGCUCACACCCACGCCUUGGGGCGAAGAAGGUUGAAAGUGCUCAGUCCGCCGCAGAGCAAGCCCAACUCCAGAGCGGAGAUGCCACUGAACUGGCUGCGCUGAACGCCGAGUAUGAGGCAAGGUUCCCAGGUCUUCGUUACGUUGUAUUUGUCAACGGUAGAGGUCGGCCGGAAAUAAUGGAAAACAUGCGUGCUCGUAUCUCGCGUGGUGACUUGGCUCUCGAGGAGCUCGCCGCCGUACAGGCCAUGUGUGAUAUUGCCAAAGAUCGUGCAGCUAAGCUUCUGGCCGCUUCGGGAUGA